AUGGCGACCGAAGUUGAAGAAACCAUUAAACGAAUUCAAGCGCAUAAGGGUGUUAUGGGUGUCGUCAUAGUAAAUCAUGAAGGCAUUCCAAUUAAAAGUUCUCUUGAUAACGCUACUUCUGUGUUAUAUUCUGGUUUAAUAAGUCAACUUACUGAGAAAGCGAGAAAUGUUGUGCGUGAAAUGGAUUCAACAAAUGAGUUAACUUUCCUUAGAGUGAGAAGCAGACGGCAUGAAAUUUUAAUUGCACCUGACCGUGAAUUCAUUCUGAUUGUUAUUCAGAAUACUUCAGACUAG